AUGUUGGGGGAGGUCAAAAAGAGUGGCAACAUAAAGGGCACAGUGCUGGGGCACAUAAACCGGGCCACGAAGGAGGUGAUCGAGGCGGUGGAGGAGCUCCGCUCGAUCACCCCCCAAGAAGAACAGCGACGGCUCCGCGCGGAAAACGCCAGAUUAGCAAAGGAAGUUGAGAUCAUCCGCGCGGAGCUGAAGGCAUUCAAAGAGGCGUACUCGGAGUCGCAGAGAAAAGUGGCCGCGACUCCGAGGGAGGCUCCUCAGGCCCAGGAGGGAGUGGAGACAAUGCUCAGGGGCGCGCUUGACGAGAUGAGGCGCGAACUCUUGGAAUCCGUAGGCGGAAUGGUGAACGCCCGCCUCGGAGACCUGGAAUCGCGCCUCCCCCCUGAGCCGGUGAGGCACAACCGGCCCCGGCCCCAGCGGCCAAAGCCGGACCGGCCCCAAGGCCAAAGAGGAAAAUCAAAAAAAAAAAAAAAGACCGGACCGGCCGCCCCUCCCCCCCCUCCACCUACUGGCGGAGAGGGAAGCGCAGGGAAGGCUGCAAAGGCCAGAGCCGGAACCGCCAAUCCCGCCCCCCAAACACCCGGGGGCGACGAAACACCAUGGUCCCAAGUGGUCGGCCGGAAGGCCCGGAAUAAAAAGAAGAAGGCUCCGGCCGGGGCCCCGCCCGCUGCACCAGUUCACCCUGGUAGGGUGCAGCGGGUUCCCCCCCCUCCCAAGACUGUAAAGAUCGUGGCCCCCAAAACGGCGGCCAUAACUGUCACCCUCAAACCGGGGGCCACGAUCACAAACGAAGAAGGACAGGUCUCUGAGGCCAAAUACGUUGACGUCUUGGCUAAGGCCAAGGCAGCGAUCUGCCUCAGAGACCUAGGCUUGGAAACGGUAAAGGUCAGAACCAGUAUGACCGGCUCCAAGUUAAUGGAGGUAGGGGGGACCACCCCGGAAGAGACGGCCGACCGCCUGGCUGCCGAAUUGGUCAGAGUUAUCGGCGGCUGGGCGGACAUCGCGCGUCCGUCCAAACUUGCAGACCUUCGGGUCUCUGGUUUGGACGAGACGACGACGCGCGAAGAGGUGGCAGCCAAACUGGCGUCAACCGGGGGCUGCCACCCUGAUAUGGUCAAAGUGGGCCUAAUUAGGCCCAGCUUCUGGGGUGGGGGUUCCACCCUGGUGCGGUGUCCGGCAGCGGCGGCGAAGGCCCUCGCACAGAUAGGGAAGGUGGCCAUUGGAUGGUGCAUGGCCACCGUCACCGCGGUGAGGGCCCGGCCGCUGCGGUGUUUUAAAUGCAUGCAGCUGGGCCACACCCGGGCCCUAUGCCCGUCGGAAGCGGAGGAUGGUCGCCUCUGCUUCCGAUGUGGCCAAGAGGGCCACAAGAGGGCUGCGUGCGAGGCGCCUGUCCACUGCGCCGUGUGCAAAAGGACAGGCUGCCCGCACGCCCACGUCAUGGGGGGGACUAAAUGCACCCCCCCCACCAUAAGGGGGAAGGCCCGCUCCACCGGCCCUCCCCCUGCGCCAAGAGCGCAGCCGCCGUCCGGGCCGCAUCAACCGCCCGAAGAGGAACGUAUGCAGGUGUCAUAA